CACCCUGUUUCCCAUUGCAACCCCGCCUUCCUACCCAUGAUUCCCAUGUUUUCACCACAGCCGACUUUGCCUUGCCUGCCCGUCUUUUUCGCGGAAACAUGGUUUCUUCUUUCUUCUUCCUUUGCCGCUCCCUACUCAUACCUACUCGACAACUAUUAUCAAGGGAGAGGGAUAGGUCGGAGAAGGAGAGAGCCAAUCAGCACCACAAUCUUGCUCUUGCCGUUAAUGCAUCCCGCGUGGCGACCCCCUUAGACGAGCUGCUUUCCUAAGCUGCCUUGCUGGCUUGCACGCUUGACUUUGCAGUGAAGGGCUUGGAUGCGUCGCUCAGCCGGCACUUUUGAACUGACAGCUCCA